AUGACGCCAUUCCUCAGUGUUCUGAGCCUUGGGUCUCUGGUUUUCGGUGUAACCUAUGGCCAGAUCAUCACUCGCGAGUCUCAGCCUGGUUCCAUCAAAAUAGGCACCACCAACAACCCUCCCACCAUCCUCAUCUCUUCCAACGAGACUUUUGCGGUUAAAAGAGCAGCAGAAGACCUCGCACAGGACUUUGGCCGCAUCCUUGGCACGAACAGCACCAUCAUUUAUGACGCUCUUAAUGGGACCGCGUCGUCUCCGAUAAUCAUCGCCGGCACACUCGCCCACUCUGAACUCCUCUCCGGCCUCAUUACCAACCAAAAGAUUCAAAAUAUCUCAGCCAUCGAAGGGAAAUGGGAAGCCUACAUCCACGAUGUCUCCACCGAUCCCAUUGAUUCUGUAUCGCAAGCCCUGGUCGUGGCGGGAAGUGACAGGAGAGGAACGGUCUACGGGCUCUAUUCCCUCUCCGAGCAGAUCGGCGUGUCCCCGUGGUACUACUGGGCUGACAUUCCCACCAAGCCCGCCGAAGCCCUCUUCCUCAACCCGCAACCCAAGGUCCAAGGAUCUCCCUCGGUGAAAUACAGGGGUAUCUUCAUCAACGACGAGGAAACGUGCCUCACAAAAUGGGCAAGAACCCGCUUUCCGCUUGCCAACAAUAACGCUCAGAGGCCGUUUACGGGAAAGUUCUACGCCCACGUCUUCGAGCUCAUCCUGAGACUGAAAGGGAAUUAUAUAUGGCCGGCGAUGAAGAGGAGUCUUUUUUACCUCGAUGAUAACCACGGCCAGCUCGCGCACGACUACGGUAUUGUAGUCGGAACUAGUCACCAUGAACCAAUGACCAGGGCGUACCUUGAACAGGAGAGGAUCAGUGGCCCUUGGGACUGGAGCCAGAACAAGGAUACGAUCGUCAACUUCUUCAAGGCCGGCGCGGAGAGAAGCAAAAAUUGGGAAACUCUGUACACCGUGGGAAUGAGAGGCGAGGGCGAUCGUGAGAGCCCGACUUUGACGUCGGAACAGUUGGUUGAGAUUCUCGCGGUACAGCAGGAUGCCAUCGCCACGGCGCGAAAUGUGUCUGCCAGCUCCGUGCCUCAAGCAUGGUCUCUGUACAAGGAAGUAGGAAAAUACUACCAAGCGGGCAUGCAAGUCCCCGACGACGUGACGCUCAUGUGGACGGACGACAACUUUGGCAACCUCCUCCGCACGCCCUACCCCAACGAGACAUCCAGGGCGGGGGGCAGCGGCAUAUACUAUCACGUCAACUACGUCGGCGAACCAAAGAUAUACGAGUGGAUCAACACCAUCCAGCUCGUCAAGACGUGGGAGCAGAUGCACCUGGCGUAUGAGAAGCAAGCGCGCGAGAUAUGGAUCGUGAACGUCGGAGACAUAAAGCCUCUAGAAAUCCCAACAACACACUUCAUGGACAUGGCCUACGACAUGUCCAAACACUCGCACCCCGAAAGCGUAACCCAAUGGAUCGAGGAAUGGGCCUCGAGGACCUUUACACACUCUACCUUUGGCCCAGCCCUAGCAGACAUCCUUACCCGGUACGGAAGACUCGUCAACCGCCGGAAAUACGAGACGCUCAACAUGUACCCGUUCGUCUACAGCACGCAGUACCACGACGAGGCGGAAAACGCGCUAGCGGAAUGGGACACCUUGCUCCGCGACACGCAGAGAGUCCACGACAGCCUCUACGAGUCCCGGCCGGCGUUCUACCAGAUGGUUCUGCACCCGGUAAAGGCGGGACGGACGGUGUACGAGUUAUACAUCAAGACGGAAAUAGGCAAACUUUACAAGGCGCAGCGGAGAACCAGCACGAACAAACUUGCGGCGGAGGCGCGUCUCGCGUUCACCCGCGACGCCGAAAUCUCGGCCGAGUACAACGCCGUCAGCGGCGGCAAGUGGGACGGCAUCAUGUGUCAGGUCCAUAUCGGGUAUACAUUGUGGUAUGAGCCCGGGGCGAACAUCAUUCCUGCGAUUUCUCACGUGUCUGACGGCGAUGUUCCGGCGUCGGGGAUCAUGGGUGUCGCGGGACAGGGCGAGGUCGUCCCCGUCGACGCGCGGCAUUUCACGUUGUUGGAGAUGCAUCGCUACGCGCCGACGACGGACAAGCGGUGGUUGGACGUUUUCACGAGGGCGAACGGCACGUUCAACUUUGAAAUUACCUCGAACGUCUCCUGGCUUUCAAUCAGCAACGCUAACGGGUCGUUGACUUCGCCCGGAGAUCACACGGACUCCCGGUCCGUAUUCAAAAUAGACUGGUCUUCCGCGCCGAAAGGCCGAAGCAGCGCGGAGAUCACCGUCCGAAGGACAGACGGCAACGACACGGUCACUGCCUACCUCCCUGUUUUCAACCCGUCCGUGCCAGAGGAUAAACUCAAGGGACGAUACAUCGAGGCUAACGGCGUUGUUUCCAUCGAAGCAGCACAGUACUCGCAUACCGCACCCAAGAACGGGGUUUCCUACGUCACGCUACCCGCCUACGGAAAGACGCUCUCGGCAAUCAAGCCGUGGCCAGUCACCAUUCCCUCGUUGACCACCGAUACCGCGCCGGAGGUCACGUACGACUUUUACACGUUCUCCGACGUCGUAAACGCAAGCGUGCGUGUCUACCUCGGCGGCUCCCGGAACCAUGACGGCACCCGACCUCUCAAGUACAGCUUCUCUGUUGACGGGGGAGCAAUCACGAAUGUCUUGCCGGUGGAGAAUAGUCCUAUGGGAUCGAACCCGAAGGGCUGGGCGGAUUCUGUUAUCACGGGAGGGUGGAACAUUACAUCUCCUACCGAGGGCGGUUUAGAUGCCGGGCCGCAUUCACUGAGCCUGUGGCUUCUCGAGCCGGGUGUUGUGGUGCAAAAGGUUGUUAUUGACCUUGGCGGCGUCAAGGCCAACGGCUUAGGACCGCCUGAGAGUUUUAAAGCUUAG